AUGUUCUCGGAAGAGGAGCGCUUGGCGACAUUCGUCUCCUCGUCGGCGUCCACCUCGGCAGCGAAGAAGCGACAAUCCACCAAAUCGACUGCAUCGUCGUCUUCGCUGCAGUGGCCACAUCCCGUCACGGGCCGAAGUGCCAAGACCUCGGGCAUUCCAACCCCAACCAUUCUCGCCAAAAACGGCUUCUACCACGCCCCAACACAGCAAGCGCCCGAUGCCGUAUCGCAUUUCCUCUAUCCCGACCUUCACAUUGACAAGUGGAAGCCAAGCGAUGAUCCGCUAGCACGCCUCGAACACGCGCUUCCAGGCAACGGCUGGUGUCGUAUCUUUCGCAGUGCACAGACUGCCGUGCUCGACGAUGCCACCGGCACGUGGACAUGGCAAGAACCGGACCUGCUCCCUACGAGCAAGGAGAUGCUUCAAGCUCGAAAGGAGACCUUUGCCUCACAAUGGCCUUACGACGGCAGGAAGGGCUGGAAACCUACAAGCAAGAAGCUCGCCGAAGCUGGCUUUUACUUUACUCCCACGGACGAGGAACCAGACAAUGCCAAGUGCAUCUACUGCAGCAAAUCCUUGGGUGGCUGGGAAAAGUCAGACGAUCCCGUUCACGAGCAUCAGCGACGCGUUCCCGAUUGCGCCUUCUUCAAUUGCCGACUUGACGACGCGUCCCCACAGCCAGCAACCGAAGAGCAAAGCAGCGUUGCUGCUGCCGACGAAGAGAUCCAAGCGGUACCACCGACAAAGAAGGGCGGCAAGCGUGCCGUGUCUGCGGGCGCACGAAAGGCAUCUAUCAGCGUAACCAAGGGUAAAAAGUCUGCGGCCGCUGCCGCUGCACAGGAGAAAGAAUCGGAAGAGGAGGACCAACUUGCAACCGACGGGCAGGAUGGGGUUGCAGCUGCUGGUGCAGAAGAGGAGACAUGCACUCAAGGUUCUGAGACGCAGGCACCAGCAAAGAAAGGCGGCCGCAAGACCCGCAGCGUCUCGACGAAAAAAUUGGCGGCAAACCCACAGGUGGAAGACGAGCAGCCAGCAGAACGAGUUGUGAAGGGUACAUCCUCACAAGCGGAGGACGACGAACCUGCGGUCGAGGAGCCGGUCAAGACUCUGAGCAAGAAGAAGAGCGCCACCGGUCUCGGCAACGGUAUCGCCUCUCAGGCACCAUCGGCACGUCCCACUCGAGCUGCAAGCCGAAGAGCCACCAAAGCCAUCAAUCUGCUCUCGGACGAGGGUCUCAACCGGAAGCUGAGGAGGCCUGACGAGGAAGAUCUCGAAAGACGCGCAAUGGCGCUUUCCGAUCCCAUUCCCUUCCCUAGUGCAUUGAGCGAGGAGCAGCCCGAGCUGUCAACCGACCCUGCUCAGCCGGCGAAACCCAAGAAAAGUCGAUCGAGGUCCAAAAAGCUCGAUCAGGAGGCAACGACGGCGGCGACACUAGUGACUCCUGAACCACAAGGGGAGGACUCGAUGGAUGAGGAUGAAGUGCGGUUGGCCCAGGACGCUACCAUGAUCGAACACGAUGACGCUGAAGAAGAUCAAGAAGGGGAGCCUGUGGAGGAGCCAAAACGCCGCGGUGGUCGUGGAGGCAAAGCCAGUGUGACAGUCGCCAAAACCUCUUCCUCCGGACCAAGGUCACGCAAGGCAUCGGCAAAGCUUACGGCGGCGGGAGAAAGCACGGCAGCAACGGGAGAGGCGGAAGAGCAGGAGGAAGAUGAAGUGGUCGCUGUGGGAGCCCCAGCAAUGGCGUUCCCAUCGAUGAGCUCGGAAGCGGAUGCCGAGCCCGCCACUGACCGCUCUUCGCGCUCUGUUUCGGAUGCGGUGGCAGCGCUCUCGUCCAAGAGUGCAGGUGCAGGUGCAAGGGCAAAAGGCGCAUCUGGCGCUGGCAGCCGAAAGGGCUCGGCCUCGUCCUCCUCGAAGCAGGGCUCCACCAAGCCUAGCUCGACCGCAUUCACAGACGGCAUCGACACCGAUAUCGACACGGACGCUGCUUCGCUACCCAACGCCGGAUCACAAGCUACCAUCCGGGGCGCACCUCGAUCGUCCAUCGCAGCCACCAUGGCGUCCAGCACGGGCCGAACGCCGCUCUCGCAUCUACCGCAGUUGACGAAAUUGGAGCUGGACGACUCGCAGAAAGGCCUGACGCUGGGAGAGUGGAUGCAGAUGAAGGCAGAUACAGCGGCGAUCGAGAUGCGGCUGGACGGCGAGGCGCAGUUAGCGGACUUGGAGAACCAGCUGAGGAUCGGGAGAAUGGCGAUCGAGAGGCGGUUGCGUGGGCGGGCUUGA